UUUUUUGAAAUGUCCCCAUUUGGAAACAAGUUAAAACUAACCCUUCGUUAGUUAUGGUUCCAAAACGUGGCAAAUCCUCAACAGUGUCCUUCAAACGUCUGUCGGUCAUUAAAUUGUUUGAUGCAACCAAAAGUUAAAAUGUAAACAUUACAUUGUAAUUGGUACACAAAUUUACCCUCCACCAAAAAAUUUUGCAACACAACAUUCAUUUCUAUUAUAAUUCUUACUUCACUCCAACGUAAAUGUACUCACCUGCAGAAAAUCCCGAAGACGUUCCUUACUUGCAAUGGCACACAUUAUUAAAAAGUUCUCAAAAGUCUAUGCAACAAUCCACCAUUUCUUCUCCCUACUCCUCCACUUGUCAUGUGCUGUUGGUCUGUUUGGAGCAUGAAUGAAUUAGGUUAAAGUUUCAAAUUUUGAAAAUGUCACUAGAGCCUGCUGAUUAUUUGCAAAUAACUUUUAAUGUCGAGAGAGACUUGCAAAGUGACGACAGAAGAAUUUUACCAUUCGCCGAUAGUCUGCUGUACAAAAGGAAAGUACUCGAGAUAAGACGACUCACGACAGGUGUUGAUGUUAAACGUACCUACGAUGUUGCAUUAGACUUGCAGGAUGUCGAUAAAGACUUUCAACCUGGUGACACGAUCGCCAUCCUCCCUGAAAAUAAUCAUGAUGAGGUUGCAGAACUUCUGCAUCAUCUCAACUUGUUGGCUGUAGCCGAUGUUCCAUACGUUGUUGAGAUUCGUACUGGAACAACCAAAAAGAAGCCGAUUAUUCCACCACACAUUCCCACCUGUGGAACAUUGCGGGAUCUUUUCAGCAAAAGACUAGAUUUGCGUGGUACACCAAAGAAGUUAUUCCUGAAAAUGCUACUAAGAUUCACAACCGAUUCACAAGAAAUGGCUCAGUUACAACAGUUAUGCUCACCAAGUGGUUCAACGGAGUAUAACAACUUUAUACAAAACUGUGACAGUUUGCUACACUUACUGCAGUCAUUUCCAUCAUGCAGGCCACCUGUUGAAAGGCUCCUAGAGCACCUGGGACCUUUACAGCCGAGACCGUACUCUAUAUCGUCUUCGCCUUUAAUCAAUAAUUCCACAUCUAAGCAACUACAUUUUACUUUCUCCGUUAUAGAUUUAGAAAAUAAUCUUAAAGGGGUCUGCACAAGUUGGUUGGAGCGUUUCAGUAACAACCCAGAGAGAAGUUUAGAUUUUUAUUUUCGUCGUCCAAAUAAUUUUCGUUUACCCGAGGACAUGUCGACGCCAAUAAUAAUGAUCGGUCCGGGUACUGGCGUCGCGCCGUUCAUUGGUUUUUUGCAACAUAGAGAACUGCUAAAUUUGGACGUGGGUGCUGCAUGGUUAUUCUAUGGAUGCCGUUACGCUAGCAGAGAUUUCCUCUACAAAAAAGAAAUCGACCAGUUUUUACAAACUGGCAUUUUAACUAGACUAUCUUGUUGCUCGUCGAGGGAUCAGACUGAAAAGGUGUACGUUCAGGAUUUAAUUAGGCAGCAUAAUGAGAGCUUUGUUAAUAAAAUUGUUAGAGAAAAUGCUGUUGUUUAUGUAUGUGGUGACGCAAAAAAUAUGGUCAAACAAGUCAGUAGUACCAUUGUGAAUUGUUUGACGGAUGUUAUGAGUUGGUCUCAGUCUGACGCGGAAGGUUACAUGAAACAAUUGCAAAAUACUAAUCGUUAUAUUCAAGAUGUAUGGAUUUAAAUGUAAAUAAUUAAAUGAAAUAAACGUAUGUGAAUAUA